AUGGGGUUUGGCAAAGAUCUCGUGCACAAGAAGAAGAUUAUAAUUAUCGGUGUGUUGGCAGUGUCCGUGGUCACCAUCAUCUUGGGGCUGGGGCUGGGGCUCGGGUUGCAGCUGGAGGACUGUCGUAAUAAAGGCCUUCCCACCUCCUGCAGGAACCGUUGCAACGAGCCCUUUGACAAUGAGUCACCGGGGUGCCGCUGUGACUCCCUCUGCAGCAACAAUAACAACUGCUGCUACGACUUCCAGGACAUCUGCCUCCAACCAGUUCACCAGUGGGACUGCACUAAACUGAGGUGAGGAGAGCAGAGAAUUCCUGGCAGUAAGUGUCACUGCUCAGAUGACUGCCUGGCCUCUGGGGACUGCUGCACCAACUUCCGAAGCGUCUGCCAAGGUGAAACAGAGUGGGUGGAUGAUAUCUGUGAGGAGAUGACAGCUGCUAAAUGUCCAACAAGCUUUUCAAGGCAGCCGCUGCUGCUGAUCUCUCUGGAUGGCUUCAGAGCAGAGUAUCUGACAACCUGGAGCAAAAUCAUCCCAGUCAUAGACAAACUAAAAAACUGUGGCACUCACAGUCCUUAUAUGCAAGCUGUGUUCCCCAGCAAGACCUUCCCCAACCAUUACACCAUGGUCACGGGCUUGUAUCCAGAGUCCCACGGGCUGGUUGACAACAACAUGUAUGAUCCCAUAUUUGAUGCAUCAUUCAGCCUGUCAAACAGUGAGAAAUCCAAUCCCAGGUGGUACCUGGGUCAACCUAUCUGGCAUACUGCUAUGAACCAAGGACUAAGAGCAGGAACAUUCUUCUGGCCUGGAUCGGAUGUCAAAAUCAACGGAACGUUUCCAAAUAUAUACGAAGAGUACAACAGAAAAGUGCCUUUUGAGGAGAGGGUGUUCAGAGUCCUACAGUGGCUCAGGUUACCCGAAGAAGAAAGGCCACAUUUCUUUACUUUGUACCUGGAGGAGCCAGAUUCAUCUGGACACAACUUUGGACCUGUCAGUGGUGGGCUAAUUGAGGCCAUCCAGGGAGUUGACAGAAUCGUUGGUCAGCUGAUGAACGGUCUGAAACAGCUGGGCCUUCAUACAUGUGUCAACAUCAUAAUUGUUGCUGAUCACGGUAUGGAGGCCACAAGCUGUGAGCGAAUGGAGAUCCUCGAGGACCUGGUGGGCGAAACAGGUCACCUUUACGUGACAGAGGGGGCAUUUGGAAGAAUUAGGUCAAAGGACAAACAGCAAACCUUGGACUCAGCGGGACUUGUGGCUAAUAUGACUUGUAAGAAAACAGAUCAGAAGGUGAAGCCAUUCUUGAAGUCACACCUGCCCAAACGUUUUCACUAUGCCAACAGCAGACGCAUCGAGGAUGUCAACGUGCUUGUUGACCCAAAAUGGUUGUUUGCGAGCUACAAAGGAUCCCUUACCUUCUGCGAGGGUGGUGCCCAUGGUUACGAUAAUGAUGUAUACAGUAUGCAGGCCAUGUUCCUAAGCUAUGGACCCAAGUUUCACAAUAAAACUCGAGUCGAUCCAUUCUCAAAUGUUGAACUCUACAACCUCAUGUGCGAUGUACUGGAGAUAUUUCCUGCUCCAAACAAUGGCACCCAUGGUAGUCUGAACCACCUACUGAGGGUGCCCUGGCACCACCCCACACUCCCCACUGAGCAGACACCGCCCGGGCAGUGCCCACUCCUGUCCCUCAAUCCCUCUGACCCCCUGGGCUGCUUCUGCCUCGAACUGAAUACAACCCAGUCAAAUAAUCGGCUGAAUUUGACAGCAACAGAAGUGUCUGCCAGUGAGAAGAAACACAUGCCAUUUGGGAGACCUCGCGUUCUGCAGUCGAGUGAAGAUUACUGCCUUCUGCAUCAGCAGGGUUUUGUGACUGCCUACAGCAAAAGAUCUCUUAUGCCAAUGUGGAGCUCAUUCACUUUGGACAAACCUGAAAAUCUGAACUCCCUCCCUGCAGUCGUCCAUGACUGUCUGCGGGCUGACGUCCGAAUCCCAGCUGACAGCAGCCCUCGAUGCGACCAGUACUCUGCCGCAGGCAACAUCACUUAUGGCUUCCUCUAUCCGCCUAAUCUCAACAGAACACUGGACGAGCAGUAUGAUGGAUUGCUGAUGAGCAAUGUUGUACCCAUGUAUCCUGAGUUUAAGAGAAUUUGGGAUUACUUCCACGCUGUGCUGCUGAAGAAAUAUGCUAUGCAGUACAAUGGGAUCAACGUGUUGUUGGGCCCAGUGUUCGAUUACAACUACGAUGGACUUAAUGACAGCCCAGAUCAAAUUGGACAGUUUCUUGCAGGUACUCGCAUACCAAUCCCUACGCAUUACUUUGUGGUCCUCACCAGCUGUAAGAACACUUCACAGCUGGCGGAUGGCUGCAGUGAAGAGAUGCAGGCAGUCUCUUUUCUGAUACCACACAGACAGGACAACUCAGAGACCUGCAAUAGCCAAGAUGCAGAGUCUCAGUGGGUGGAAGACCUUCUAUGGUUCCACCAAUCCAGAGUGAGAGAUGUGGAGUGGAUCUCCGGAUUGGAUUUCUACCAAGAGAGCAACCGACCACUCUCAGAACUUCUCCGUAUCAAGACCCGCCCAACUGCUGCCAUCCACAGAAUGGGUUGA